GUGGCGUAAAGCGGGUUGAUGCUGACAUUUUGAAUCAAGUGCCGCUAAAGCUGAAACUAGUUAGCGUCUUGUUUUAAUAAUACCUUCUAAUAUAGGCGUUUAUUUAUAAAGGACUGCUGAGUGAUGGUUGUUCUUUACAAGCAAAACCUAACAGAAACCAGUGCAUCAUGAGCAAAAAGAACGAGUCAACGGAAACAAUGAACGCAGAAUUCAACGGUUUAGUUGGCGACAUGAAACCGUAUAUCAUCAAACACCCCAACGAGAGUGAGCGCCAGCAUUGUGCUCUAUGGAUAAAGAAGUUGAGCGACCCGGCAACAUGUGGAUCAAGCCUUAAUGGCCACAGCGACCGCAAUCUGUAUGCUCGUUUGCUUCUUCAAAUGCUCAAAAGGGGUGUCCUGGAAGGUCCAUUUGCCAGCAAACCAGAACCUGGUAACCUCAAGACCCUUCCUAAUUACAUGUCCAUUUAUUUUGACGAACCCAUCAACAGUCGACCUGUGGACCACUGCAAAGCAACUCUUCCUGACUGGGUGACAGGAGAGCUGGUUGGCUGCACUAAUGACAGUUUGGCUGCCGGCCUCCCGAAGAACACUUCUUCACCCCGCACAGCUUAUAUCAGUAGCCAGCUGAGUAAAGAGAAGACCCCACGAGGAGGAGCCCCCGCCUCCAGCCCCCUCAAGCACUCACCCAGACAUGAAGCCAGAGCGGGUGACGGAGGGCGUGUGUCUCUCGAUGACAGUGACUUGGAGGCUCGACUCAACAGCUGGAACCUGCGGGUAUGCAAGCCCAGCUUUGCAAGGAGCGGCACGACGGACGAAGUGGAUUUGCAGCUUUUGCAAAGCAAGGAGGUAGACAUGAGGGUCAAAAUAUUGGAGUCCAAGCACCUGGAGGAGAAACUGAAAAUGCAGCAAAGACACGAUGCAACUGUUGAUAAAAUUCUGGAACGAAAGAAUGCGGAGAUUGAAGAGACGACAACUCUUUUUCGGGCUCAGCAGCAGGAAUCCGAGGAGAUGAUCCACAAACUGGAGAGGAAAGUUCAAAGUAUGCUGAAGGAAUCCAAGGUUAUCUGCGAGAGCAAAGACACGCAGAUUGCUGAGCUGAAGAAGAUGACCGACCAGAGUGCUGAUGCUUUGAAAAUUGAGUUUGAGAGGAAGCUGCAUGCAGUCGUGUCAGACAUGGAGCAGGAGAAGUUUGAACUGCAAAAGAAGCACAUGGACAAUAUCCAGGAGGUGCUGGAGAACACCAAGAUCAGGCUGGCAAAGAUGGAGUCCGACUAUAACGCUCGCUCACAAUCCACUAUGCAGAUUGUGUGUGAGCUGGAGCAGCAAACCAAGCAGCAGUCUGCGGAAGUCGAGAAGAGCAACAACUUGUGUCAGAAGGCGACGCAGGAGAAGGCCCAGCUGGAGAUCCACCUUGCAUCCAUCAAUGUGGAACUGCAGGAGGCCAACAGAAGCUUUAUGGUCCUGCAGAAAGACAAAGAUGAACAGAGCGUGCUGUUUGAGCAGACCUUACAGAAGUUCCAGGCCAAACACCAAGCUGACGUCAACCAUUUGCAGAAGGAGCACACGCUCUCUGUGGCCAAGGCGUCUGCAGUGAUGGAGGACUUGGAGAAGACUAUCAGUGAGCUCAAACAGCAGCUGCUGGUCAGUGAACAUCACAGACAGACACAAGCCAGGGAUCAGGAUUUGAAGUUCCAGCAGGAAAAAGAUGACCUGCAGAUCAGCUACAACGCAAAGGUGCAAGCGCUGCAGAGCGAGGUGGACAAAGAGAGAACAGAGGACAGGAGGAAGAUGGACAAACUGGAGGAUGCACUCAGAGACAUGGAAAAGCAGCUGGACAGAACCCGGGAGAACCACAGGCUGCAGCUCCAACAGGCCGACGUGGCGCUGGAACAGUUCCGGAGGCAGGUGAAGCUCAGCUCCGAGAAGGCCGAGGCAGAGCUGAAGUUCCAGAUGGAGAAAGUUGAAGAGGACCUCCAGCGCUCCAGGUGUCUCCGUGAAAACCAAACAAAGGAGUUCUCGCAGCAACUGGAUGGCGUCAGAGAAAGUUUCGAGCAGCAGAUGGCUGAGCAGCGCGCCAAGCACGAGCAGGAGAGGACGCGCCUCCAACAGCAGCAUUGCGCCGAAAAGGAGCGCCUGGUCCAGGAGCGCCAGCGGGAGGUGGGCAGCCUGGAGAGCCAGGCCAGGGCCGCCCUGGAGCAGCACCAGAAACACACCCAGGAGUGGAGGAAGCGUGAUGGCCAGACCAUUGCCAACUUGGAGGCCCAGCUGGCACGCUGGCGUGAGGAACUCCACCUGGCCCGGGUCCAGCACAAGCAACAACUGGCUGAGGCGGCGGCCCUGCGAGAGGAGGAGAGGCAGAAGGCUCACCUGGACAAAGAGGCGGCCCUCAAGCGCUUGUGCUCCGACAUGGAAGGCAGCCGCAGCCACCUGGAGAGAAGCCACCAGCAGGAGAAGGAUGCUGCUGAAGAAAAGACCAGCAGCAAGUUGAAGCACAUGGAGAAGGAGUACAAUCAGAAGCUGGCCAGGUCUGCACAGAUUAUCGGGGAGCUCCAGCAGUCGUUGUGCAACUCAAAGGAGGAAGUUGUUACUUUGCAACAGACCAUGAAGAGACAACUGGAGGAGGCCGAAGAUCGAUGGGCGCAGGAGAGGAAAGAUUUCAACAAACAGGCCAACCUGGCCAACAAGGUGAUGGUGGAGCUCCAGCAGUCGGUGUGCAGCUCCAACGAGGAGGCGGUCAGUCUGCAGCAGACCUUGAAGAGACAGCUGGAGGAGGCCCGGCAAGGAUGGCUGCAGGAGAGGAGAACCAUGACCCAGCAGGCCCAGCAGGCCAACAAGGCUCUGCAGGAGAAGGUGGAAAGCCUGCAGAGGAGGCUCCACAGCACAGAGAAGACGCUGCUCAGCAAAGAGUUGGAGACUGAAGAGAAGGUCACCAUGGUGUGUCAGAAGUAUGAGAACAAGAUGAAAGGUCUGAUCCCGGCUGAGUUAAGACAGGAACUGGAGGACACCAUCACGUCACUCAAGUAUCAGGUCGAUUUCCUUCAGAAGAGAGCCUCGGUCUUGCAGGAAGACCUGGACACAUGUCGCAGAAAGAGGUAGCGGCGAGCGCCAAUCAGAUGUGAGCGUGGAUGGUCCCCAGGUGCUGUC